UCAUCUAACACUAACACAAUCACACCCAUUAUUUGUGUAUGUGUUAAUAAAUUAUUUUUUUGAUAUCCAAGACAAUCCAAGUACGACAAUUUAACAAAGUAAUUUGGUAAUAAUAAUUAAUAAAAAUCAUGGAUUUUUGGAAUAAUAACACAAACGGAACAAACACAUCUUCAAUAAAUAAUGACGACCUCAAUAUUCCAGUAACAUCACAACAUGGUACACGUUCACUAAGUCCAUAUCUUAAUUUUGAUCCAUCAUAUUUGCAAGAAAAUGCGCCUGAAUUUAUAACACUUGAGGAUAAUAAACAACGUGGACGUUUUGAGCAUGCAUUUGUUCACAUUGGAGGAGCAAGUAUGAUUGGUGCUAGUAUUGGUGGUACACUUGGUUUUUAUAGAGGAUUAAAAGCAACAACAUUGGCUGGCCAAACUGGUAAACUUAGAAGAACCCAAUUAAUAAAUCAUUUUAUGAAAAAUGGAUCAACAGUAGCAACUAAACUUGGAGCAGUUACAAUGUUGUACAAUGGUUUUGGUGUUUUAUUAGAAUAUUUUAGAGAAACUGAGGAUCCAUUAAAUGCACUUGGUGCUGCAACAGUAACUGGAAUGUUUUAUAAAUCAUCAGGAGGACUUAGAAAAUGUGUUAUGGGUGGUGGUGUUGGUUUAGCACUUGCAUCAAUUUGGUGUUUGUGGAAUAAUCGUGAAGCACUCUCUGAAAUUAGACAUCAUCGUAUGAAUCCGGCGUAAGAUUAUAUCCAAAUGACUUAAUUACAAUCAACCAAUGGUCUAGCAUCUAGCAUAAAUUCUUCACUUUGUAAAUAAUUAAUUGUGCAUAAUUAAGUGAAA